UCUUAGUGAUGGCCAAUCAAAUGUAUCUGGCUGCAGCUCCAGUGGCCGCGGUGCCAGGCGUCGGUCCCAUCACGCACGUCAUCUUCGACAUGGACGGUCUUUUGCUGAACACCGAGUCCAUGUACUCGAUCGCCUCGGAGACCAUUCUGGCGCGCUAUGGCAAAAAGUUCACAUACGAGCUCAAGGCGCAAAUGAUGGGCCGCCGAGCCAUCGAGGCCAGCCAGAUCCUCGUGGACGCCAUGCAAAUCCCGAUGACUGCCGAGGAGUACCAUGUGGAGCGCGAAGCGCAGCUCGAAAAGCUCUUCCCGCAGGCGCAGCUGCUCCCGGGCGUCGAGCGCCUCGUGCGUCACCUGCACGCACAUGGAAUCCCGAUGGCGGUCGCGACCGGCUCGUCGGCCCGCAUUUUCAAGAUCAAGACCUCGCAACACACCGAGCUCUUCUCGCUCUUCCACCACAUUGUGACAAGUGACGAUCCCGAGUGCAAGCACUCCAAGCCACAGCCAGACAUUUUCCUGCUAGCCAUGAAGCGAUUCGCUCCGGCACCGACCAGCUCUACGCAAGUGCUCGUCUUUGAGGACGCUCCGUUGGGUGUGCAGGCUGCCAUCAAUGCCAACAUGCCGGUUGUGAUGAUUCCAGAUCUGCGAGUCGCCCCCGCUGACCGUGCUCGCGCCACACUAUCGUUCGAUUCUAUGGCAGACUUUGACCCUGGCAUGGUUGCUGGCCUUCCUGCUUAUUCAUCGGCUGCAGGCGCUGGGUUGUAAUGCAAGCCGUGUUAAAAACAAAAAAUGUAACUUCACAAUGUACUUGAAUUUGAAACAUGA